AUGGUGGCGAAAUUAAAUAAAGUGGCAUUUGAAGAUGCGUUGACUAUGACGGGGUUCAGCAAGUUCAACUACUACGUGUUCCUACUAUGCAGUAGUAUCAUCAUGGGGAUGAGUUUCGAGGUGUACUCUGUGUCAUAUCUGGUGCCGGCCAGCGUUUGCGAGCUGGACACCAGCAGCUCGCAGCAGGGGCUCAUGGCAGCCACUCCGCUUAUAGGUAUUAUAGCUACUUCUCAUAUAUGGGGCUAUUUAGCAGACACUCGAGGAAGAAAGAAAGUUUUAUGUACCUCCAUGUUUCUCGGCUUCAUCACAGGAGCGUUGGCAGCUCUCUCACCCAACUGGAUUGUCUUCAGCGUCCUCAAAUUGUGUUCUUCAAGUGCGGUGUCCGGUUGUUUUGCACUCUCUAUAUCACUGUUAAGUGAAUGUACUCCGGUGAAAAGAAGAAAUACUCUAAUUCUGCUCACCAGUAGUGUUUUUAUGUCCUGCACAGGGAUUAUGGCAGUGGUAGCGAUUCCUGUGUUGCGAUUAGACUUCUCCUACCAUUUACCAUUCCUGGACAUCCAGUUCAACUCGUGGCGUCUCCUCAACUUGAUCUACACCAUACCAUGUGCGAUCAGCUCCAUCGGACUACUGUUUGCAUAUGAAAGCCCCAAGUAUUUGCUCAGUGUCGGCGAUCAGGCAAAUGCAAUGAAGAUUUUAAGAGAAAUAUUCGCCAUAAACAAUGCUAAGGAUGGAGAUUUGUAUCCGGUAAAUUCAGUGGUUCUUGAGGAAGACCAAGCAGCGAAUAUCGAAGGUUUUUGGGCGUCGAUAAAAGCGCAAACUGUUCCGUUGCUGAGACCACCCCUGCUGUUCAACACUUUAAUACUGGCUGCUAUGUUCGUGACAGUUUAUUUGAGCAUCAAUCCAUUCAUCGUCUGGAUGCCGUUCCUGGUAGAUAAUUUCAUGAAGUCUAUACAAGGCGGGGCUGAUGGCUUGAGUUUUUGUGAGAUGAUGAGGGCGGCACAAAACGACACUGAGACUCAUGUAAUUGAGACUUGUGCAUUGAACAACACAGCAAUGAUACUAGUCUUCGCUACCGGCAUGGUUCUGGCUGUAAUCAGCGUGUUCAUGAGCAUGCUUAUCAAUUGUCUGGGAAGAAAGAAUCUUCUAAUUGGAUUACAGGUAUUUGCAGGUGUAUCAGCACUGUGCCUCAAUUUCAGUUACAGCUGGAUUCUGAGUGCUAUCCUCUUCGUUGGUUUCAUCUCUGGGACCCUCAACUUUGGUUUACUGUCUUCGUUCAGCGUUGAUCUCUUUCCCACAUAUGUCAAGGCUAUGGGAGUAUGUCUUACACUCAUGGUGGGGAGAGGUAGUGGCGUGUUUGGCAUAAAUCUAGUUAAGAACCUACUUGACAGUAACUGUGAAGUCUCUUUCUAUAUAUUUGGAAGUAUAGCUUGCCUUGGUGGUGUAAUCGGCUUCCUGCUCCCAUCUGACAAGAAAUUGUCUGAUCGAAAUAAACUAGUAUGA